GGUUUGCGUAAGCCACUCGAUGAACUGAAGGAAGUCUUGGACUGCCGUGACGCACGUUUCACCGAAAAUACGCAGCGGAUCGAGACCAACGAGCGAAUUGCGCGUUCAUUCAGUGCCCGAAUCUUCGGUUACGACUUCAGCAGAUGUCGUGUGGAGUCGCAUGAGCAUGAUAGAACCACCAAGGUGACCGUGAUCAAACUCCUAGAUCUUUUCCAUCAACUCCUCGCCGACGGCCAUGCGUCGGUUCCAAGCUGA